GCUGCCGUGGAGGGAUCUCUUUAAUUGCAUUCAAGAGGAAUUUCUCUUGCAGCUGGUGCUUCAACUGACGAGAGCGAGUGGGAAUUGUGAAUGACUUUGCCUGGAGAAUGAAGGGAUUUUUAGUGAAAAAAGCAGAGAAGAGAGAGAAAAUAUGUUGUUUUGGAAAAGGCACUGCAAGACUCAACUCUUUUGUCAUCCAUCUCUUGCAGAUAAGGGACCCCUCGUUCUCAUUUCUCACACGCUCUUUACUGCGACGGUUCGACUGUCUGGAGAGCUUGCGAGGCAGCAUAUGUAAAUAAAGCUCAGGGACUCUAUAGGCUGGGCGGUCUGCCAGAAAGUGAGAACCUUCAGGGCUUUCUCUCGCCGUCUCUUUGUGGCGAGAAGCGCACCCUGACUGGAUCAACAAGUCUGAAGACGGACAGCUCUUCAAAUCAUCAGGUGAAAAGUAGGAGCUGUAUGCACCAACCUCGCUUUUACGAGUGCUUGGUGCAAGAGAGGCAGGUCAGACAACACAGCCUGGAGAAAGACUAGAAGACGGACUGACCUUCAACGCGUCAGAAAUCUCCAAGUCUACCAAUGCACCCAAGCGGGUCUCUAUGUGACAUGUUAUUUUUCUUAAACCGAUUGAGCUCUUUCCUCAAUUGGAUUUGAAUCAGAGGAGGAGGAGGAUUUGGAUCUUGUCUCUCACAUAUAGGUUUUUUUGCCCCCCGCUUGUCAUUUCUGCAUGGUUGGAGGACCCUUGCCCUGCACACGAAGACUUUGUCUUCUCUUUGGUUUCUGGUCUUAAAAGUCUAAUUUGUUAUUGGGGGUCUCCUUUGUCUCGAUGGCUCUGCACUAGUGGAGUGAAGCGUGACUGAAUUGAUCUUUUGUCUGAAGCUAGGUUUCUUCUCACGGUGCGAAAACUCCGCAGCCCCCACACCGACCCCUCUAAAACCCCCUCCUUCCAUCUCUCCUACAUGAGUCCCCUCGUACCCUUCCUCCCUCCACUCCCACACACCUCCUCGUCUUCCAUCCACAUGCCACUGCGAUCGGCGAGCAUGUGAGAGUUCUGUGCAUGUGUGCUUCUGUUUGCAGAAAGCGUAAGCCAGGAUUAGGUGUGUAGAGGGUGAUGUGUUGCUUGAUGCAUCUUCAGUUGACCAAUUCAGGACCGGGAGGACCCCAAACCAUUCCUAAGGGAUUCCACAACCCGAACAUCUGUGAUUGAGUGUGUGUGCGUGCGUUUCACUGGAUGCACUUACAUUGGACUGACAGAAGUGGGGAGAGGUGGAUAACGACGGUAUCCCGCCAUGUUUGGAGUGUGAUCGCGGUGGUGUGAUAUCAGAGCUGGUGCCGGCACGCUGCGUUUAUCCAGGCUCAUCAUGAAAAAAACACGCAGCACCACUUUGCGCAGGGGCUGGCCCAGUUCCGAAUUCUCGGACCGAGCCUCCGAUCGCACGCGGUCACGGAGCGAAAAAGACUACCGGCUCCACAAACAUUACCCUAAACACUUCAUCUCUCACUGCCCUCAAGGAUUCAUGAUAACAGGUGAUGUGUCUCCCAUCAGUAUGUCUCCCAUCAGCCAAUCCCAGUUCAUCCCACUGGGAGAAAUCCUGUGCCUGGCCAUUUCUGCCAUGAACUCCGCUCGUAAGACUGUCACACAAGAGACUCUCAUCGAACACCUAGCAACAUGCUUCCCAGGCGUCCCCACUCCAAGUAUGGAAAUCCUGCGGCAUACGCUCAACAUGCUGGUCCGAGAGCGGAAGAUCUACCCCACCCCAGAGGGUUAUUUCAUUGUUACCCAGCAGACAUACUUCAUCACCCCUUCCCUCAUUAGGACUAACAGCAAGUGGUACCACCUUGACGAGAGGAUACCAGAACGCAUGCAGCAGCAGCAGCCGUGUACUUCUCCUCACUCGAGUACCAUGACACCCUCCACUUCGGGAUGUGUCCGGGAAAGGCCUCACCCCAAGAACCACAGUGACUCCUACAACAGCUACCGGGAGGACAUCCCUAGUACGCAUACCUUAACCUUACAGAGAAGGUCUAAGGAGCAUAAAGAGUCUUCUCCUGUGUCUCCGACCCCUCAGCAGCAGCCAACAGAGAAGAGUAAGAGUUCGCUUAGUUUUCCAUUUAAAACCGAGACAAACAGUAAAAACAAAGACGGAAGCAGCAGCAGCGGGGAAAAGCAGUCUAAGAAGUUCGGCCUAAAGCUUUUCAGGUUGAGCUUCAAGAAGGACAAGACGAAACAUCUAGCCACAUUUUCAGCCCAGUUUCCACCUGAGGAGUGGCCACUGCGGGACGAGGAGACACCGAGCACUGUUCCUAGAGAGGUGGAGAUGGAGAUCAUCCGUCGGAUCAACCCAGAUCUCACGGUGGAGAACCUUGCUCGUCACACAGCUGUAAUGAAGCGGUUGGAGGAGGAGAAGGCGCAGCGGAACAAAGCCAACUCCUCGGCUCAGCAGAGUGCCCGCAGCAAGAGGAGCCGCAGCCAUCGAAAGGCCCAGCAGGGCAAGGCAUCACGUUCCCAUAGCAAAACACGUGCAUCCAGGGGGGAUCCAUCUGAAGGAUCCAAUCUGGACAUAACCUAUGAUCGGGAUUACAGAUUCUACAGCUCCUCAUUGGUACGUUCACCACGCGAAACCAUGAUGUCCAUGGAGCGGAAUAGGGGGAAGUAUAUGGUUCACAGCAACCCCAAUAUUGUGGAGUCUCAUUUUACCACCGCUCCAGAGUGGGAUGUUUCUGGGGAACUGGCAAAGCGGCGGACAGAAAUGCCAUUCCCAGAACCAUCUAGGGCACAGUCACAUUCCAAAGUCCACCGAAGUCAUAGUCAUACGCAAGAGAGAAAGUCACGGAAUGAGAGGUCGGACAAGGCCAAAGAAAGGUCACGUUCCAUGGACAACUCCAAGGGACCACUAGGUGGUCCAUACUUGGGAGGCCCAGAGAACUUUGAGUGCAGUCCCGAUGACAGGAGUCGGUACUACACUGAUGACGGUACUUUGAGGGCAUCUGCACAGGCGACCCACUAUUCCCGCAUCAUGCUCUCUGCUGCUAGAUUACACCCUGACGUUUGUGUGCCUGAUGUUGGAAGAGGAUCCUCAGAGGAUGCUGUGCUUUACCGGACGCUGGAGAAGAGUAAAAGUAGGGAUAGUCUUCCUGCUUUCAAUGACUUGAAGUCUUGCUCUCCCAAAACACCGGUAGAUGACUACUUCCAGUGCACUGCAGCAAAUGAAGUCUCUCUGUCUGCCCCACCUUCUCUUGCAAAACCCAGCCAUGACUUUACAGAUAGUGUCUGGCAGGGGAUCUCCUCGGAACGACUGACCCCUCAUCUUACGCCACCUCACCCUACAGAAUAUAAAGAGGAGUCAGCAAAGGGACAAAGUAGCAUUUCUAUAGGGUCAACGAGCCAAACCCCCGAGCAUCUCCCCAAUGGACGACUGUUGCACCAACACAAUCCCGACUCAGGUGACUUGGACAAAAUGCCAGAGGUUUACAGCCAAGAGACUUUGUUCAAACCUCCAGACUAUGUUGAGAACAGCUUCUCAAGGCCAGGUACGAUAGGUAGGUCCCCUCACACCAAGUCGACAGAGGUCCUGGAGACUCAAGAGCAUUUUGAUAAACCUCUACCACUGACCGUGCCACCAUCCUCGGCUCAGGAGCAAGCUUCAUGCGCAGAAACCACCUUCGACUAUUAUAAUGUGUCGGAUGAUGACUCUGAAGAGACUAGUCAUAAGAACCGGGUGGAAGAGAAAGUUCGAGAAGAGGGAGGGACAAUGCAAUGGCUGCUGGAACGGGAGAAAGAGCGGGAUUUGCAACGGAAGUUUGAGAAGAACCUUACCUUUCUAAGUCCCAAGGAAGGUGAGAGCAACAACAGCCAAAAAUCAGUCCAUUCUACCCGAUUGGACAGUAUGGACUCCAGCAGUGUGACUGUGGACAGUGGAUUUAAUUCCCCACGCACGCGGGAAAGCCUUGCUUCGAACACCUCGAGUAAUGUGGAAAAUAGCAGGCGACAGAAUAUGGCUUUGAGUCCAGGACACAUUGGCACCAAAAGACCCCCGCCGCCCUACCAGCCCCCCAGCUUCCGCACCAUCCGUGAGCCGCCCGCCAACCGCACGGAGAAGCAGGCCUCCAUCACCAGCGUGUAGUGAUGGGGACGGCCGCCAAGCGCUCGUGUGACGCCUGUUCCUGCGCUUUUCUAAUGUAGACGUGUUUCAAUUCAUCACCAUUCACUGGAGGUGUCUUUUACUAUUUGGGAUAUUUGUAACAAAUACUGCUGCAGACAAACAAGUCACUUCAUUAGGACUAAAUUUACGCCGAUCUCUUUGGGAUGAAAUCCUCGAUCAAACUCAUUUGUAGGUGUCCUUUAUAGCUUCAUGCAUCCUCUACGGGUCUUAACUGUCUUCUGAUCCAAACUUGGCUGCGUUGCCUCUGCCUGUUCAUCCAUCGCUCUGUCUGGUGUGUCCCUCUGUACGCUCAGGUCCCUCUGAACUCUACUGACUUUGGCCGAAAUUUGAAGGCCACGAUAAUCUCCCUGGAAAUCAUGUUUCUGCUGGAAUCGUUCUAGCGCAUCCUUGUGUAUCGUCCUGCGUCCUGGGAUCUCUCUGGGACAUUUAUGUAGAAUCGGAACAAAACAUACCACCGCUAAUGCAUUAUUUGUUUAUAAAAAAAAAAAAAAAACCAAUUUAAAUAUUACUGGUGCUUUCUCAUUGAAUGGAGCAUUAUAUUAUUUAAAAAAGAAAAAUAAAACAUUUUGGAAUCAUUUUUCUUUUUCUUAUCUCCAGAGUUACUCUUUUAACCAGGUGCUCAAUUCCUAGAUGACACAGAAUACACACAUUGCUACCUCCACUAUUUGUACAGCUGUAGAGGGAGACAUGAGAGACGUCCACCCCACCUUACGCCCGCUGUAUUAGACCAACCACUAUCAGCUUACAAACUGUGAAUGUACUGCUAGUGCUUUUCAAUCACAUCUCCAUCAUCAAGCGUUAGGAAUCUACUGUUCUCAAACUAAUAGAGCCAAAUCUCAUCGUAAUAGAAAGGAGACUUGUGUAGAGUUUGGAAUCAUAUAGGACCCCUAUAGAGUGGAUCAUUUAGAACUUCAUAUCUCUGAAAUGUCCUGCCAUGUUCAGUUAUUUAUUGUUAUUAUGAUUAUUGUUAUGAUUACAAUGUUAUGAUUUUUCUUCAGUUAUUUUAGUGCACAAAUUCAUGGUAAGCAUUUAGAACAAUAUUUCAAUGCUUUUUGAGAUGUGGGGCAAAACGUAAUUAUUAUUUUAUUUAUUUAUUUAUGGGGGGGUGACUGCAUUGUUUUUAACACUUUUAAAAUAUGAAAAUAGAAAAUAUUUAUUUUAAAUAUUAAUAAUGUUUCAGUUUUUUAUAUUACAUUAGUUUAUAUAUACAUCAACUUGUUCCCUUUCUAUAAUUUGCCACCUCUAUCAUAAAGAUCGCAAAAAAAUUAAAAAAAAUUUGGAUCCUGUUACUAUUACCAACACUAGAAAACUAAAGUGGCUACAGCAAAUUAAUACAUAUAUGGUUAUGAUAGUGUGAUAUUUUCUUCAUUCUUAAGGUUGAAUGCUCAAUUUGUCAGUAUUUAUGAUAAAUAUUUGACAUCAGUCAGCUCAUUUUUAUAAAUAUUGACAAGUCUAGUCACGUGACCAUACACAAUUUGUAUCUGACCUGUGAACAAGUCUUGAAUAAAUUAUUAAUAAAGCAACAAAGCCAGAAAUCAUGUUUUCAAACAAGUUUACACAAAAUAAUUAUUUGAUGCAUUAACGUUUGUUCUUUGCCCUGUUUUGCCCCAAUAUUUAAAAACCAGUGAUUUCUAAAUUUUUACAUUUAAGUUAUAAAAUUGUAUUUUUUUUAUUCUGUGAAACAAUGUUUUCUGCUCCGUUUAGUGAACAUCUGUCAUAUUCAUCUGAGUACGAGUCCCCUCAUGAGUCUAGAGGACUGUAAAAUGUCAUGCUCUCCAAUAAAUGGAUAAACUGCAGCCAGGACUACCUUGUUAAACCAUUUUUGCACUAAUGCCUGUUCUCUGGUGACUGUAAAAAGAAGGGGAAAAAAUCAUCCGAAUGGAUGUUCUGUUUAUAAUGAACAUAUUUCAUACGAAAUACUGAUAGUCCAUGAAAUGUCUUCCCAGAACAUGAUGCAUUUCUUAUGGUUCUCAAUAACAUUGUUCCUUCUUGUGACAUUAUGUCAUUCUGUAAGAGAUUGCCUAUCUGUCAAGCGGAGUAUAAAAACCUACAAGGGGGAUUUUUUUUUUUUUUGAUAAAGUCUAUCAUAUUUAAAAAAAGAAAUUCCCCAUUUGUGUAGUUGUGCUGUUAAAUGUUUUAGUGUACUAAAUCCCUUCCUUGGGGAUUGUGUAACUUUUUAAGACAAUAAAAUAACAUGACAUGUUUCAUUUAACUGUGUGUGAUCUCUGUUGAGGUCAAUGCCAUAUAUGGAAAUAAAGUACCACAAAUAAUCACUAGAGGGCUUCACAAAAUCUGCAAACUCAAAGCAUUGACCUUGGAUGAAAAGUAUUUAAUAAUUUAUAUAUUUUCGUUUUUUUUCCAGUGAUUUUUGCCGUUUCAUCUAAAACCAUAAAACCACCCAGACAACACUUCAAGUUCCACUUUUAACUCGAAACAAACCUCGGAGGUUACCCAUUGUUCUCUUGCUUCAUUUGUUGUGUUUGCUUUCAUCCUGGGUUGCACACAUUUUAAAGUGACUAAAAUUUGAAACCAAUUUAAGCCUUGCCUAAAUUAAUAUUGCUCAUUUAUUGCACAAUUGUUAUUUCAGCAUAAAGCAUGACAGAAAUUUGGGAGUUUAUUCACCAUUACAGCUUUAAUAAUGCAUUAGAGAUACAACAACUGAGGAAUGCAUAUUUUCUGCCACAACUUGGAAGAAGCAUUAGCAACUUUUUCCUAUGCAGCAAAAUAUGGUAAAAAAAAA